UAAUGUUAAUAAUAAAAAUGGUGUUUUUUUAGGAUCAAAAGGAUUGCCAUAUAAUAAAGUAUUUUGUUCUAUGGUUUACUUCCAGGGCUGUAAGUCACGUUAUGACUUAUGACAAAACGUUAUUUCUGUUCAUGGUGAAGACCAAGGCAUCCUUUUUUACUAAAGAGUUUUCUGGUGAGGUGCGAGAAUACGUGACGAGAGUGAUGAUAACCGAGGGGUUGUCAGAAGAAUAGGAUUUAAAAAAAAAUAUACGAAUAAGAAGAGAAAAAAGAAGAAGAAGAAGUUGAUAAAAGGGGAAGAAAAAGGAUGCUAGAAAAGAUGAUAAAAAUAAAAAUAAUAACGUUUUUUUCUGAUUUCACGUCGACGGGCUUGAACAAUCUAUAACGGUACAUCGAGUUGCUGAGCACGUUGAUGUUUUUUUCUUCCUGGGAAUUUCUGGGAAGGAUAUUUAAAAACUGAAAUGGAUGAGAAUGUCAUGGGAUAUGGUGCAAUCAUUUAUGGAAUUACAGGACUUUUACCUGCUUCAGUGUCACCGUGGAACAAUAAAUCGAUGUAUCUAAGGAUUUGUGUGUGCAGUAACGCUAGUGCAUAAAUAUAUAAUAAAAUAAAAAAAGUGACAGUGAGUGUUGACUGUAGACACUUCUUAAGUGCUUUAUAAAAUAAAAAUCAAGAAGACGUAAGACAGGAAGACGUCGUCAGCACGCGGACUCUUGAUCCUCGUCGAUCGUACAUUAACAGCUGGUACUCGCGUGCGUGCCGCGCCACCACCCCCUUAAACAGGGGGGGUGGGCCAGGGUAUCGUCAGCGUGGGGGUGGGCGCCGCGGGUGCGCGCUUGGCGCGUCGAUUAGUUCGCGUACUCGUUCGUCGUCUUGGUGGUGCGGCUUUGACCGGCCGCUUAAAUCGUCACCCAGUGCUGGCUACCUCGGGGUUAACGGGGGUGGCCGUGGCCACGGGGGAGCAUGAUGUCUCCCCUGCCACGCGUCACACAACCCCAAACCCGAGUGUGAUCUCAAACACCUUCACCAGUACCAACACGAAUUCUAAUUCCAAUAAUAACAACAUUUCCAACAGCACCACCAACUCUAUAAGUUCUAACAUCACACUAGCUCCAACUUCCAACCCCAUAACCUCCACCGUCUCCGUUUCUACCUCCACUUCCACCUCCAACUCUAUCGCAAGUAACAAUAAUAAUAACCUCAGCAAUAACGGAAUACCAUCAUCCAGCUCCACCAGAACAAGGACAAGGACUUCGAUGUCAAUGAGAAAUCUUCACCGUCGAGUCUCCCAUCCUUGCCAUGGAAAUGAGCGUCAGCAUUCUGGGAAACAUGAAAAAUGUUCAUCACAGAAGCUUGAAACCUCCUGGCCAUUUUCCCUGGAGGGAGAAGGAGGUGGCGUGGGCGGGCGAGCCGCAUCAGGGGGUGGCAGGCGAGCCCCAAGUCUUCGUCUGGUGAACGGCAGGGCGACCACGGGGGUUGGUCUGCACACCAGCAGCACCGAGUCCGUCCGUUCACCCCAUCAGCAUCUCAACCAACCACACAGCAACAACAUCAACAGUAGUUACAGUACUGGUAACAAUGUGUCCUCCAGUAAUCAUCCCCGGCUGAAUAAGGAUGACAGCAUAAAAAUCAGUAUCGAGAACACAAACACGUGCACCGACAGCCUCGUCACCGCGUUAGACGACGAGACUCUUCUCAUUACCGAUUUUCUUAACGAUACAGGCAACGAGAUGAAUUACAAAGGAAGCGGUAAAGUUCACUUCGGAGUGGACGACGUGUCGCUCUAUGGCACGCCAAAAGAAGAAUUGGGCCCGGGUCUCCCGGGCCAGGAAGUCAAGCAGAGCUUCCUAAAAAAUCAGCUUCAAGCGUUGUUCCAGCCUACAGACAACAAAUUAGCGAUGAAACUGUUCGGGAGCAAAAAAGCCCUUAUGAAGGAACGAAUUAGGCAAAAGGCUGCAGGUCACUGGGUCAUACAUCCUUGCUCCAGUUUCCGGUUUUAUUGGGAUCUAUGUAUGCUGCUGUUACUAGUAGCCAAUCUGAUAAUUCUACCAGUUGCCAUUAGUUUUUUCAACGAUGAUCUAAGCACCCGAUGGAUAGCCUUCAACUGCCUUUCGGAUACAAUAUUUCUUAUAGAUAUUGUUGUUAAUUUCAGAACAGGAAUAAUGCAGCAAGAUAACGCUGAGCAAGUGAUACUGGACCCAAAGCUGAUAGCGAAACACUACCUCAGGACCUGGUUCUUUCUUGACCUUAUCUCCUCUAUACCACUAGACUACAUUUUUCUCAUAUUUAAUCAAUUUCAGGACUUUAGUGAGUCUUUCCAGAUUUUACACGCUGGACGCGCGCUUAGAAUCCUCAGAUUGGCGAAGCUUCUCUCGCUAGUAAGACUGCUAAGGUUAUCAAGACUUGUGCGAUACGUAUCGCAAUGGGAAGAAGUCUAUAUCCCCCUAUACCAACAGCCGGAGAGACACUACGAGCGACGGGCUACACCGCCCCAACCAGACCGAACGAGCAAGAUAUUGCAGAACCUACAAAAAAAACGCACUGAGCGGAGGGGGCGCCUAAGCUCUGACAAUAUGAAUAAAAAGAAGUCCGGUUUCAACAAAAGCGACCUUAUUUUUAAGUUCCUGAAUAUGGCGUCGGUGUUCAUGAGAAUAUUCAAUCUGAUCUGUAUGAUGCUAUUGAUCGGCCACUGGAGUGGUUGUCUUCAAUUCCUUGUUCCUAUGCUUCAGGGAUUCCCAAGUAAUUCUUGGGUCGCGAUUAAUGAAUUGCAGGACUCAUUCUGGCUGGAACAAUACUCCUGGGCCCUUUUCAAAGCAAUGUCGCACAUGUUGUGCAUAGGAUACGGCAGGUUUCCACCGCAGUCAUUGACCGAUAUGUGGCUCACGAUGCUCAGCAUGAUCAGUGGGGCAACAUGUUAUGCACUGUUCCUUGGUCACGCUACAAAUCUUAUCCAGUCACUUGACUCAUCGCGUAGGCAGUAUCGUGAGAAGGUCAAACAAGUCGAAGAGUACAUGGCGUAUCGAAAGCUACCUCGGGAAAUGCGUCAAAGAAUAACAGAGUACUUUGAGCAUCGUUACCAAGGCAAGUUUUUCGACGAAGAGCUCAUCCUCGGAGAACUCUCCGAAAAACUUAGAGAGGACGUGAUAAAUUACAACUGCAGAUCGCUCGUUGCUUCAGUACCCUUCUUUGCGAACGCAGAUUCAAACUUUGUCUCUGAUGUUGUCACUAAAUUGAGAUAUGAAGUCUUCCAACCAGGUGACAUAAUAAUAAAGGAGGGGACGAUAGGUUCAAAAAUGUAUUUUAUACAAGAAGGAAUAGUGGAUAUUGUUAUGGCGAAUGGUGAAGUUGCCACUUCACUAUCCGAUGGAUCGUAUUUUGGUGAAAUAUGUUUGCUCACAAAUGCAAGGCGUGUUGCAUCAGUACGUGCCGAGACAUAUUGCAAUCUAUUUAGUCUCUCAGUGGACCAUUUUAAUGCAGUACUAGACCAAUAUCCGCUUAUGCGUAGAACGAUGGAGAGCGUUGCCGCCGAGAGGUAUAAACUUUGGUUGAACAAAAUUGGUAAAAAUCCAAACUUGGUGGCACAUCGUGAAGAGGAUCUUGGCAGUGAAUCCAAAACGAUAAAUGCCGUCGUUAAUGCACUUGCCGAACAAGCAGCACAUGCAAGUGCUAGUGAAGAAUCGGUUCAUAGCUUAGAAAUGAGAACACUUCCAACGGGCCUACUACCAAGGCCAAAAUCGGAAAAUAAUUUUGCAAGUCAAGAUUUACAACGUGAAGACCGCAGAAUCUUCCACAAAAGUGAUACAUUUCACAAGGACUCGUAUCAAUGACGACACUCGUCUUACUAGCAUACGGAGCGGUACUGAUGCUGCUGCUGUGAGCCAAAGUGCUCAAGCUGCUGCACAACUACUCCGAUUCUCAGAAUAAUCUCCGAGAUUUCCACUGUGGAAGAAUCAUGUAAUCUCAAGCUCUGGCGAAAUUAUGCUCUCUACAUCAAGUUACCUGUCCUUCUCUCAGUGUCUUUCUCUGUCGCUCACCCAAACUCAUUAAAUAUUUCCUCUUGUAUCCUUUUUGGUUAUCCUAUCCAACCUACCUUUCAUUCUCGCCCAGUCUAAACUUCCCACUGAAGCUUUAUUUUUACUUUGAUACAUUUCACCGACGUAAUUACACCGGAUGUCGUGCCAAUUGAAGUUACCUCAAAAGCGCUCAUCACUCUCACCCAGACAAGGAUAACAGAUAAUAUCAACUAUAAUAAUGAAGAAGAAGAAAAAGAAGAAGAAGAAGAAACAAUGCUAUUUCAAGUGACAACUACUCGUGAGCUUCAUUUCAUUUUAAUUCUAAUUAUUUAUAUUUUAAUGAUAAACCAUAUUUUUAAAGGGUUUAUAAUUAUAUAUAAAUAAUUACAUAUGUGGAAUUAUCGUGUGACUUCUGAGAACAGACUAUUGACUAUUAACGAAAUAUUAAUAAUAAUGAUAAUAAUAAUAAAGACACAGUAAGUGAUGAUGGCCCAAGAACUAUGUUAUGUUGUUAAGAGUUCUUUGGGUUAAUGAUUACAAUUAAUAAUACAUAAUGAAGAAAAGUAUAUUAGUAAUUAAUAAUAGUAUAAAAAAGAAUGAUUAUGAAAAUAUUAUUGAUACGUGCGACUAAGUGACAAAGGAAAAUAAAUAAUAAAUAUAAUGAUAUCUUUUUACUAGAUUAAAACAAAUAAUGCAGUGUACUAUAAUCAAGUACAAAUAGUGCAGAAUAAAUGAUAAAUAUUAAAUAAAUUAAUACUAUAUAGUGACUGUUAUAAUAAUAGAUUACGAUUAUCACUAUCGCAUUAUUAGGCAAUUAUAGAGACAUAUUGAUAAAAUCUAACUAUGUAAAUAAAGCCACAAUGUUUAUAAUGUCGCUAAAAAUUUUCUAACUUUGCGAUUAUCAUUUAUUUAUUACUGUUAUGAUUAAUUAUUAUUAUUAUCAUUAUUAAUAUAAAUAUUAUUAUUUGAUUAGUGUAUUGUUUAAAUAUAUUUUUAAAUGUGUAGACAGUGCCUAGACAGAAUUGCAAGCGACAUUAUGUGUAUUUAUAAUUAACUCGUUUAUUAUUAAUUGAUUUUUGUUAAUGCCUAAUAUAUUGAAUAUUAUUAAUUACUGUAAUAUUAAUGAUGAUGAUAAAUUAGGAACAAGUCAAUGAGAAAAACGAGAUUCGGUCGAUCUCUAGAUUAAGUACCUAUGCAUAUAUGUAAAUAAAUAAACAAAAAAAGUAAGUAGGAAUAAAAUCUGUGAACACGUGUAAUUUAUUUAAAAUAGAAUUUUCAAAUUCGCACAAAAAUUAAUAAUUCGCGUACACUAAUUACACAUUACACAUACGACAUGAACAUAAAACAUACGUAUGCAUAAAUGGAUUAUUAAAGUAAAACUAAAUAAGUGAAAUAAAACAGCGAGAUAUUGACAGAGACCGAAGAAAUAGUAAUGUUUUUUAUUAAUUAUACGGAUAGAUAAAUAAUAUUGAUAAUUAAAUAAUAUAUUAGCGAAUUAUGUUGCACGGUUAUCAUCAAUUAAUUCGUGAUAUACAUUGUAUUGGCUUUUAUUAGUCAGCAACAUGUAGAGUCUGUUGAAUUAUUAGACGAAUAUUAUUACAGUUUAUUAAUUAUUCAUUAUUAAUUAUUGAUGUUACGAUUAUUUUUAUUAUUGGGAUUAUUAAAUUUAUUGUAUGAAAUAUUGUUAAUUAUUAUGAAUAUGAUACAUUUAAUAAUUGAAAUAAUAUGAUGGGUGUUAUUGAUGGGAGUAAUUAAAUAUAUAUAUGCUGUGAGAUUAAUAAAUAUAAUGUAUAUCAAUUACGCU